AUCUCGCCUAAACCUCUCUUCGUUCUCGGCCGCGGAGAGCUAAAACCCCACCCCAGAUAUGGCGUUGAGGGCCGCGAUUUCUGCCAAUACUCACAACCUAAUGGGGAUCAGAGCAGCUUUCUGCUCUUCCUUCUCCACCUUUCCCUUUAAUCUGCCUCAGAAUAAAGUCGAGAGGCCGCCGCCCGCCGAGCCCUCAACCAAUCUCUUCGUCUCUGGGCUCAGCAAACGCACAACAACAGAAGGUCUUCGUGAUGCCUUUGCUAAGUUUGGUGAAGUUGUUCAUGCAAAAAUAGUGACUGAUCGCGCAUCUGGCUACUCAAAAGGCUUUGGUUUUGUGAAGUAUGCAACCCUUGAUGAAGCUGAAGCUGGAAUCAAGGGCAUGGAUGGCCAGUUUCUUGAUGGAUGGGUUAUUUUCGCGGAGUACGCGAGACCAAGGCCCCCUCUCAACAAUGCUGCUGCACCUCAUCAGAAUCAACUGUGAGAAUGAAAAAGAAAAAGCCACUUCUUGAUCAGUGUAAGACAUUCUUCUUCCUGUGAUUCAAUUUGUCAAGUGGUGUUCUUGUCUUGAUUUAGACACCAGGGGUAGGGGUGGGGGUGGGGGGCUACUAUAGUCAUCAUUAAGUUAUUACAGCUCACGUUAUGGGUCCAUUUUGAAACUAAGAAACAAAUCUAGUGAAAGAAAUAUGUCACUUGUUUGUUUGGGGUGAGAGAACAUAACUUAUAAAUUUUUAGAUUUUUAGUGAUGAAAAUGGGAUCAAUUUC